GGGGCCGGCAGCCUAGGGGCUCCCUACGCUGGGGGCGCCCUGGUGCCCGGUCCUCCGGGCCGCUUCCUGGGAACCUACGCCUACCCGGCCCGACCCCAAGCUGCCGGCUUCCCUGGCGCGGCCGAGCCCUUCCCGCCUUCCGCGGGCGCCGAGGGCUACCAGCCUGGGGAUGGCUACGCGGCCCCGGAUCCGCGAGUCGGCCUCUACUCCGGGCCGCGCUCGGACUAUGCGGCGCCCGCCGGCCUCGAGGUGUCUGGGAAGCUGCGCGUUGCGCUCAACAACCACCUGUUGUGGUCCAAGUUCAACCAGCACCAGACGGAGAUGAUCAUCACCAAGCAGGGCCGGAGGAUGUUCCCAUUCCUGUCAUUUACCGUGGCCGGGCUGGAGCCCACCAGCCAUUACCGGAUGUUCGUGGACGUGGUUUUGGUGGACCAGCACCACUGGCGGUAUCAGAGUGGCAAGUGGGUGCAGUGCGGAAAGGCUGAGGGCAGCAUGCCAGGAAACCGCCUGUAUGUUCACCCCGAUUCCCCAAACACUGGAGCCCACUGGAUGCGCCAGGAAGUUUCAUUUGGGAAACUGAAGCUCACAAACAACAAGGGGGCCUCCAACAAUGUGACCCAGAUGAUCGUGCUCCAGUCACUGCACAAGUACCAGCCCCGGCUGCACAUCGUGGAGGUGAAUGAUGGUGAGCCCGAGGCAGCCUGCAGCGCGUCCAACACCCAUGUCUUUACUUUCCAAGAAACCCAGUUUAUCGCUGUGACCGCCUAUCAGAAUGCUGAGAUUACUCAGCUGAAAAUCGAUAAUAACCCAUUUGCCAAAGGAUUCCGGGAGAACUUUGAAUCCAUGUAUGCAUCUGUUGACACCAGCGUCCCCUCCCCGCCUGGACCCAACUGUCAAUUGCUUGCGGGAGAUCACUACUCUCCUCUCCUACCCAACCAGUAUCCUGUCCCCAGCCGUUUCUACCCCGACCUUCCUGGCCAGGCCAAGGACAUGGUUCCCCAGCCUUAUUGGCUGGGGGCCCCCCGGGACCACAGCUAUGAGGCCGAGUUCCGAGCAGUCAGCAUGAAGCCAGCAUUCCUGCCCUCCGCCCCUGGGCCCAACUUGUCCUACUACCGAAGCCAGGAGGUCCUGGCACCUGGUGCUGCCUGGCCCGUGGCUCCCCAGUAUCCCCCCAAGAUGGGCCCGGCCAGCUGGUUCCGCCCCAUGCGAACUCUACCCAUGGAACCUGGUCCCGGCACCUUGGAGGGCCAGGGCCCAGAGGACCAGGGCUCCCCCUCAAUGUGGACUGAGAUCACCUCCAUUCGGCCAGAAUCCAGUGACUCAGGACUGGGCGAAGGAGACUGUAAGAGGAGACGUGUGUCCCCUUACCCUUCCAGUGGUGACAGCUCUUCUCCUGCUGGGGCCCCUUCUCCUUUUGAUAAGGAAGCUGAAGGCCAGUUUUAUAACUAUUUUCCCAACUGA